UGUUAUAGUAAUUAAAUUAUUAAAUUUCGUUUAAUCUUAUAAUGGUAUUUCAGUGUGUCAUUCGUUCAUGCAAAACAAAAUCAAUUAAAGAUUGCAUCAUGCAUCGCUGGCCUAGAAAUCAUGAAAUGCUUUUAAAAUGGACAAAUGCAAUACGUAUGUUUCAACCAGAUUUUACUCCGACGACGCAUACAAAAAUAUGCAGUAGUCAUUUUAUAGAAUCUGACUAUAACUUGAGCUUUACUGGUAAAAAAAUGUUAAAAAAAGAAGCUGUGCCAAGUGUAUUUAAACUGGAAGUAUGUAAGAAAUUAUUCAAUGUUGAAAUGGUCGAAGUCUUUGAUGAUGAAGAAGGAAGAAAUUUACUAGAAAUGCCAAUAGAUGAAGAAGAUAUUAAAAAAUCUGACUUAUGUAAAAUGGUAGUUACUGAAACUGGUGAUGAGGUUGUGCCAAAUGAACCUAGCACAAGUCACUCAUUCAUAACACCCCCCAAACCUAAGAAACGUAAAACUUAUGUUGGUGACUUUAAAUCAGUUGAAGAAUUGGAGAGUCCAAAUUCUCGUUUGAAGUAUUGGCAUGCCUCUAAAAAGAUGGUCGAAGUCUUUGAUGAUGAAGAAGGAAGAAAUUUACUAGAAAUGCCAAUAGAUGAAGAAGAUAUUAAAAAAUCUGACUUAUGUAAAAUGGUAGUUACUGAAACUGGUGAUGAGGUUGUGCCAAAUGAACUUAGCACAAGUCACUCAUUCAUAACACCCCCCAAACCUAAGAAACGUAAAACUUAUGUUGGUGACUUUAAAUCAGUUGAAGAAUUGGAGAGUCCAAAUUCUCGUUUGAAGUAUUGGCUUGCCUCUAAAAAGACAAUAACAACUCAACAACGUAAAAUUAAAAAUCUAAGACAGCAAAAUUAUCGUUUAAAUCAAAAAAUAAAAAAUUUGGAUCAGCUGAUUGAUCAUCUGAAAGAUGAAAAGAAAAUUAAUGAAAAUUGUUUUUCAUUACUCAAGUUAUUGCUAUGUGUUAAAUGGCUUGGUUGAUAAGGUUACGUUCAGUGUUCAGUGUGCUAUGGAUUUGUUACCAAAGACAGGGCUCGGAUUUUUUGCAAUCCUGACAUCCAAUCAUGAAUUUAAGUAUCGUUGAUCCGUAUCCUUUUACUGUAAUAUUAAUGGCUCAUCACAAAAAAUAUUCUCCUCCUUUAUCUUUUUACAUUACAUGGUUAACUACUAUAUAUUUUAUGUUCUUCACAAAAUAAUUUUUAAAAAUUUCAUUGUACGUCUUAAUUGUCAAUUUUUAUCCACCUAAAAUAUUUCUAAUAAGAACCAUUGAUAUUAAAACUGAUUCUAUCUCAAACAUUUUUAUCAUUAUUCCAAUGACUGUGUGUAUUAAUUUGUUAUUUUUUAGUAAAAUGUGAUG